UUCGGAAGGAUGACUUGUUAGCGAAUGUAGACAAAUUUAAAAAUAAUUUAAACUCCAAUUUUGAAAGAGAAUUACAAGAAAAUGGGGCUGUUUACGUAUGCGGAUAUCUUGCAAUGCUGCUUUAUUUACCUCGCCAUUUAUCCUGUCACUGCAAAAAGUGCCAGCGUACGUACUGUGUCAUAGAACUGCUGAUUUUAAGUUUUAUCGCAUAAAGUAACCGCAAAAAUUCGUCAAAAUGGCUCCCAAAUUCCCUGAUGAAGUUAAUGUCUUCUUAGUACCCCAUUCCAGAAUGAAGGAUCUAGUGGGAACCUACAUGGACCAGCUUUCCACUACAGAUUUUCGUAGUAAUGGAGCUCUGGAGCAUCUGCUUCCUCUUCUGGAGAAUACUUUUACCGAAUUCAAAAGCCAUGAGCACAUUGAGAACCAAUACAUCAUGGAACGACUAAAGCAAAGGCUUAAACUGGUCGACGUCACCAGCCAGUCUGUUUGCAACUGCCAUGGGGACAGUCAACUAGUUGAGAUACUCAAUUUAUUGCGUGAUGGGUACACCUGCACCAGUAAAUCGAUUUCUGAGAGAAUCAAUUUUGGCUCUCAGCUUCAAAAAGCUGUCUCAGAAUUCACUAAACAAUUCAUACCACACAUGGAGGAGGAAGAAGAAAUUUUUCAACCGAUGUUGAUGAAGUACUUUGCCUAUGAAGAGCUGCUGUUACUCAAGCAGCAAGUCAUCCAGCAGCAUGAGUUCUGGAAAGAAAAACUUCUGGUUCAAAAGGAAACGGCCGAGAAUAUGCUUGCCCUUCUCAACACAGUGGCUUUCGAAGUCACCGAUUAUCGUUCCGGUGACGACGAAGAUUACCAAGAGACUCUGCAAACCCUCGUAGAAUUGACCUGUGAAAAUAUUUCCAAGAAUAAGAUUGUACAUGAAACGAUUCUAGAAGCUAGUUUCGAUGACCUUCCUGAGGAAAUGAUUCUACACAUCUUUUCCUAUUUGAACCUAGCUGAUCGAACGCGCUGCGCUCAAGUAAACAAGCACUGGAACAUGCUGAUAUACUCACCCCAAUUGUGGAAGACUAUAUACCCCACCAACUGGGCCAAAGGCUUUUACGAUUUUCAGUACCGUGAUCCAUACACCUUGGUAGAAUCCGAAUGGAAAACCAAAUCUUUUCUCGACGACGAUGAUGAUAUAUCUACCGCUGAAGAGAUUUUAUCAUCUCAGGCGGAAAAGGAAAUACAGUGCUACGAAAAGUUCGUUUUGAAUGCAUUAGUUCGUAUUGGAGAAGGUGUACAGUGUCUGGUAGUUGCGGGUGGUCUGCAUUUAAGCAGCACCAUCUUGCACUCCAUGCUCGUACUGUGUCCUAAUAUCCAACAUCUGGAUGCCAGUUACACGAACAUUACCGACUUAUCUUUUAAAGGAUUGGCCUUGAAGAAAGCCUGCAUCUAUUUGGAACAUUUAGACCUCACUGGUUGUCGCUUCAUCACCGACGUUGGUCUGGAACGCCUCGGAAACUGUUUCAAAUCGCCAUUGGCUCGUAGUUUUCCCAGUUCUAAAUGCGGGUCAUGUUGUCAGUCAUGUAAGAAUUGCCCGAAGUAUACUGACCAAAUGCCAAUGGACAAUAUUCGCUAUGGUAGCAACGACAGUUUGUUUGAAAACGACGUUUCGUCUCCUGGUCUGGUAUACCUGAGCUUAUCAGGUUGCACCUCCGUUACUGAUUUUGGGUUAGGAUCCUUGUUGGAGGUAACAGUACAGAAAGAAAGUCUACUUUUCUUGGACCUCAGUGGCUGCUCAUUGCUGUCGGGACGUGGCCUUAAAACUAUUGCAAAACAUUCGUCUCGUCUACAACCGGAAGAUCUUUACUAUUGCAACAGAAUUCAAGAAGGCCCAUAUCCAGAGGAAGCAAAUGGCUGCCAAAAUUUGGAAUGUCCACUCAGAGGCUGUUGCUGCUUUGAUCAGUAAAUCGGUGGAUUUUGAAAUGCUUCCGCAAGUUCAUCCUAAUUUUCUUUUGUUCGGUUGUGGAUACUAUUCCUAAAAUACGUUUGUUGGGGAAUUCCAUUUUCUUGAUUAAAGUUUCUAAAAAUGCGCAUUGGCUAUGUGCAUGCUUGUUGUAUUGAAAGUUACGAUUCUAUGAUUUCCAUUCUUUCUCUGGUCAAACAUGGGUAAACACGCAAUCUACUACGUGGAUGAAAUACAAUAAUUUAUCGGA